CAGCAGUUUAGUGUUCCUAGCACAGUUAUCCGUCACAAACACUGCCACCAGAUAGAACUUGGCAGAUCGCGAAAGAAAAAAAAUGCCCAUUCUUGCUUCUUUAGUAAGCUCAUGGCUUGGUAUCCCCGGCUCUGAUAAAGGAUCAAUACCCCAGAAAAGCCAGGAAACUUCACUAGGCCAUGAAAGACCAUCCGCGGAUGUUUCAAUCCCAUCAGCAACACCAACUCCACCAACUAUUUCUGCUACUCCACAAAGAACAUCGCCAGUAAUAGCACCACAGCAACCAUCAUGGGAUCGUUCAAUUCGACAGUUCGGUCUGCUGCUCACUGGCGCUGGGUUCCUUGCUGCAUCUGUCGCCGUAUCAAGACGUUCAGUGCUACGAAUGCGGCACAAUUCCUUCCCCAAAUUUUACUCUUCCAACCGACACCAAGUCAAGUUUGACUCAGGUGACAGAUCCUUGCUCGCUGUACAAGCCCUUGGACUUGCCACGCUCAACGUCAUGAGCUUUGGCAUCAUGCUGGUAGGAGGCAUUUCCUGGGCUUUUGAUCUCUCUUCGAUAGAGGAAUUAAGGCAGCGGACACAGGCUGUGACCCGCAGGCCUGGGAUGGUUAGCCCUGAAGAUGAGAAAGCGAUGGAGGAGUUGAUAGAGGGACUUAUGGGCAAAAUGGGGAUGGAGAAGCCCCAGAAACCUUCAGACAUUCCCCAAGAGGAUGAGAAAUGACGUUCUUGUGUUGUCUGUUCGGCCAAGGCGCUCCUCGAUACUGCAGAGCUAAGCAGAGCUUGAUGUGUAAGAUACGAUGUGUUCAUAUUAUGCGAGAUGGGAUACUCCAAUCACGAAGCGACUGGUGAAGAAUAUUGAUCAUUCAACCAGUCGUGCUAAAUUAUCAUGCAAUUACUUUGCUCGAGAAGAAGGAAUCCCGCGUAGUAAAAACGUGCAGCG